CUAUGUCACUAUCUUUAAACAACAGCGUUAACAACAGUGAGAAUUCAACCUUUGUUGAAAUGAUCAAUAAUUAUGAUUGGUCAUCUUUAAACAACAACGUUAACAACAGUGAGAAUUCAACCUGU